AUGAUCCCUUCGCGGAGUUCGUCCUCCAGCACAUUCCGGCCCGCCACACAAGAUUUGGACACGGCAUCCGUACGUCCGCGGGCUCGUCGCCUCCUCAGCACCCAAGACGACGCGGGGUCGUCUUCCGCUCUCCCCAGCGCCAGUCGUACGCCCAGCCGAGGUGCCACACCAAUUCCAUCUACACAAGUUGGUUCGGUCACAGGGAGGAACAAUUCCGGGACUGAAGUUGUCCGCUCUGUCGUUCGAGGCAAGACCCCGGGCGUCGGCCGUGGAUUGCUUGAUAGUUCGUGGACGCCGAGCUGGGCUUCAGUACAGGAGUUGGCGUCUUCGCUGCUAGGAAGCGGAGCGUCGGGAUUUGGCGGUGAGGCGAAUCGGCCACGCAGUAGGGAUGGAAGCGGGAGAGUACGACCCACGACCACCCGGCAAGCCAGUUAUCGAGAUGAUGGGAUGGAUGGUAGCUGGGGUCCGACACCAACAGCCGAAGGAAGGCCGCGUGCAGAUGACGUUGCUGCAGGAUCGCUCGCGAAAAGGGCAGCCGCAUUGAAGGUUAUGCGGACUGCAAGCGUGCUUGAGAGCCAUGAUGGCGUUAACGGAGGGCUGGACGUGGCAGGCAGGUUCAAGAAACGGAGCUCAGACGAGGACCUCAGGCGGACGGCGCAGACGCAGGAGGCGGAAGAGUACUUGGCCUAUAUUCACCACGUCCAAGCUACGGACACGUACGCAGGUAUCGUUCUGAAGUACAGAUGCCGGGAGGACAGCUUCCGAAGGGCCAACGGGCUAUGGUCGCGGGAUAAUAUCCAAGUACGGAAGUGGUUGGCAAUACCGGUAGAGGCGUGCGAGGUCAAGGGCCGCCCUUGCGCCCCUCCUACGAACCCGUCAUCGAGGGUUGAUCUCCUUUCCUCGCAGACGCCGGAUGCAACAGACCCCUUUGGCCAGGAAAACCAAGCAACGCGAAGUGAAUACUUUCCCAACUUCAGAAAGGACCACGGACCGGAUCAGACGAGACCAGGCGAUGAUGACAGACCAUGGGCUCACGUGAGAUGGGUGGCUAUAGACUCUCACCCAUACCCGGUUGAAGUGGCGAGAGUACCGCGCAAAGCACUCGGUUACUUCCCGCCACGCAGGAAGAAAAGCAUACGCACUACAUCGACGCUGUCCACCCCGCGCGCCUCCACCGAGCUACCAAGCGUUACCGUCUCCGAGUCAGCCAUCGAAAGUCCGCGAAGCACCUCCUCGCGACGACCAAGCCUCCUUUCGAACCGUGGUACACACACCAGCUCCGCACCGCGAACCCGCCUCAGCAGUGCCGGCAGCGGCACCGAUGACCCUCGCCCAGCAUGGAUGCGCCGGCCAGGCGGCGUCGGCUCGCUCGGCAGACAUGUCCGAGCCCCCGGUCCGGAGACAGACUAUUUCAACACGUGGACCAACAAGCACCUGCCCGGGCUGAACAUCGACUCUCUCCCGUCCAUGUCUGUCAUGGGGUCGGAGAGCGCCAGUUUCGGCUUCACCAACCCAGACGAGCAUGUCGCCAUCGUCGAAAGCCCCUUUGAAGAGGGGCGUGAUGCCGCCUCCACCAGCCGGCAAGGCACCGGGCUGGACAAGGCUGCCGCUGCGAUCGAGACGUGGCUACGGGGUGCUUUUGAGCGCGCCAGACAGGGCCCGCUUACCCCUGUGAUCGGCCCGCGGGGAAGGCCUCCUGGCGGUGGCGGUGGCGGUGGCGGUGGCGUGCCCGAGUUGGGUGGGGAUCUCAUUGAGUUGACGGAUACGGGGAGCGACGAUGGGCGGCAUGAUUCGUCGAUGUGGGAUACUGGAGGUUUGCUUAGCGCCCUUUCGGCGCCCGCAUCCGGCCGCGCGAGCAAAGAUUACACAAAUGCCGCAAAUACGAUGCCGAUCUGCAUUGAGUGCCGACACCCGGUCAAGACGCUCUGGCGCGAGGGUGGAGGCGACAAGUCAGGCGGGCACAAUAUCCGGCUGACAGUGUGCAAGAACUGCGGGCGCUUCUGCGACAAAUAUGUCGAGCAUGACUUCGUUGUCUUGUUCAUCGACCUCGUUCUGAUCAAGCCGCAGGUGUAUAGGCAUUUGCUGCACAAUACCUUAAUGAAGGAUGAAGAUGAGUUCGCACCCUCCAUCAUCCGCCUUGGCAUCCUCCUCCUGCUUUUCGACGUCUACCUCACUUGGGCACGCAUCGAGCGCCGGGCGGUCCCCGACACCGAUCCCUCCGGUACGGAUAACAGUAACUUUGGCCGGCUCGCGCAGCAGCCGAUAGUCUUCCAAUACGUGUUCUUCCUACUCUUCUGCACUCUCUCGACCAUAGCCUUCCACGGUUCCAUCCGCUUCCUCACCUCGUCCCGCUACUCGCCGCUCGCGGUGCUCGGCAUCCUCCCGCGCUAUCCUAGACCCAACUCCGUCUCCACUGCGCUGCUCGUGUCGUCCUCCACCAAGCUGUUCCCCAUCCUGAUGGUCAUAUGGGAGUACGACGUGCCUGCCGCCGCACGGUCAUUGGGAUGGGCAGUUGUGGCGAACAACGUCGAGGCCCUCAAGAUUCUGCUGGAUUGUGGGUACGGGGUGGCUACGCUGCUGGCGACUGCUGGGGCCGUCAGUCGUUGGGCGAUGGGAAGAGCGGUCCUCUGGGCCGCGGGGCUGGGAGGAGUGGACUCGGCUGGAGAUACGGGAGUCGCAGAGGACGGAAGGGCGUUUGUUGCUAUGUUAAUUUAUAUUAGGGAGUGGGCCGGUAGGUUGGCUGUUGGUUAG